UCGGGGCACCAUAGGCAUAAGCUUGUGAUUCAGUUCCAAUAUCCAGUAUCUCAGGACCCUGCUGGCCUCCAAGUGCAACACUUCGAGAUACAUAGUUUCUUCUUUGUUUGCAGGACCUGCAGGAUCUGAAGCAUGAGUCAGCGUUCCCGGGCCUCCAGGGUGCGACCGCAUGUCCACUGUGAUUCCUGCUACAGCCGGCGCUGCAGGGCUCGGGUGGAGGUCUCCGUGUGCUGUGCGCUCAUCCCCUGCCGCCUGCACUGUGGAGCUCUCUUCCACCUUUGCAAAGAGGAGGAUCACCUGCUGCUCUGUCCUAACGUCAGGGUGCCCUGCCUCAACGCCGAAUACGGCUGCCCGCUCCACCUGCCGCGCUCCUCCCAGGCAGCUCACCUGCAGGCGUGUCCGGCCAGCGUGGUGUGCUGCUCCAUGGAGUGGAACCGGUGGCCGGCUAACGACGCCCAUUCUUAUCCAAACCUCGAACUGCACAAAAACCUGCUCGGCAAAAGAGAGCAGGGCACAUGUCUGGACUUGGCCAUGGCCUUGAAUGACCAGGACCUCUUGUUUCACUCCAUGAAGAUGAGAAAUCUGUUCCCAGAACUGACCCAGAGUGUGGAAGCGGACGAGAAGAAAAGGAGGCGAGAGGAGAAGAAGAAGAAGAAGAAGAAGAAGAAGAAGAAGGAGCUGGAAAAAGAGGCAGCAGAAAGGGCGGCUGCGAGGGAGGCCGGGGAUCACACUUGGGAGUCUAACAUGGUCGACGCGCUCACACCUGGUGAAAACGAAGACGAGGACGAAGAGAAGGUUGACGCUGCGUACGAACAGGAACUCACCCAAGAAGAGAGAGACGCUGUUGCCCGGGACACCAGACUGGAUGCGGAUCUGUUGGACAACUACAACGCCUGGGAGAGCAUGUUCAGUAUGGAGAUGGGUGGCUGCAGGAAAGCCGGAGAGGCAGCUGCUUCAGGCAGAGACUGGGAACUUUCUAAAGGGGGAGGAGAAGGUCAGGCCACUGCGACAGAAGAAGAUCCAUCAGAUACCUGUAGCGGUCCCUGCAUUGCUUCCUCCAGAUCCUGCUCCUUUCUCGCUGACAACCCAGAAAGGGAAUUUGUGUACGGGCACGUGGAGCCGAUGAAGAUUAUCACUGUGCGUACCUUCAAAACCCCAUCCAGCUUCUCAGCCAAGCAGUCCCGCAUCCGGAACCCUAGUUUCUACAAGAAGAAGAAGGAUCAAGCUGUGGAUACCAGCGACCUGGGGGUGGCGCCAGAGGAGAUGCCGGUGUGGGAGGAGGUUCAGGCAUCUCUGCUGUGCUCCCUGGAGAAGGAGCAAAGGGGUCACCUCAUUGCAGAGAGCAGAUGCACAGAUGGUCUGUUACAAGAUGAAGGCACACAGACCUACAACUUCCUGUCUGCUCCGUUCCGGGGAGAGACAUCGCUGGCUGACCUAAAUGCUGCGAAACCGCUGGAACUGCAUCUACACCUGCAGUUGGAGAGCGUCACCAAUCGGCACCACAAGGCCAGCUCGGCCUUCACCUUCCUCUGCGGACGCAUGUUCCAGCGCAGAGAAUAUGGCAAACAUUAUAAGAACAUCCACAGUGACAUCCAGAUGUGUAUGAACGGGUGGUUCGAGCAGAGAUGCCCGCUGGCAUACCUGGGAUGCACCUACAGCCAGAGGAGGUUGCAGCCCUCCACUCACAAAGCCUGUGUCUCCUUCAACCAGGACCUCGGCUGCUUUAGCCUGCAUCCCAUCAUCCCCGUUUCUCUGGCUGGAGCUUCCCAGCAUUCCAGAAGCUCAGUGGACUCCUCUGAUGCUCCGAGGAAGCGAGGAGGUCGGACAAGAGGAGGAGAGGACUCUCUGAGCUCGCUGCCCUACGAGGUUCUCCGCCACAUGGCCGGUUUCCUGGACAGUCUGUCCCUGUCUCAGCUGUCUCUGGUGUCCCAGACGAUGAGGCAGGUGUGCUCCUCCCUGCUGCAGGAGAGAGGGAUGGUCACCCUCUGCUGGGAGAAGAAGAUCUACUCGCACGGGGGGGCAAAGUGGAAGGUGAAGCAGACGGUCUGGCAGUUCAGCUCUUUAUUCUCUCCCGUGGGGAAUUGGGGCUUCCGAGACGUCCCGUCCAUGUCAGAGCACCUGAAGGUGUGUCCCUGCUAUGAGAGAGAGACCCGGACAGAGAAGAUUCGCCUGCCACACGUCAGACAAGAAGAGGUCCAAACUAAGACAAGCUGUGAAGGUCCCACUCUUACCUCGUUCCAGCAGAAGAGGGUUGUGAUGUAGUUGAUGCUGAUUUGAUCGGUUAUUUGGUAUUACGAACUACAUGUGGUUAGUUGCAUGUUGCCUCAUCUUAAAACAAAGGUGAAUGCACUCAAAACUGAGUGAAACCUGAGUGAUCUUAAAACUUUAUAGAAUUAAGAACAAAUCAGGAGCAUCUACACAUUUGAAAUGCUGCCAAUAAGUGUUAUUGUAGUUUGGAACCUGAAUGGACCUGAAUAAAUAAAAAAUGCAAAAAAGUAAAUUAAAUGAAAAUGAUGUCAUGGAUAAACGCAGCUUAAGCAGUGCUGUAUCUGAGCUGAGAGCAGAAGCCUUUGUACAUUUCAAACUAAAAGAAUGACCAAAGGAAA